CCGUAGGCACGGGCACCUCCCUGGCUCUCUCCUCGCUGCUGUCGCUGCUGCUCUUCGCCGGGAUGCAGAUGUACAGCCGGCAGCUGGCCUCCACCGAGUGGCUGACCAUCCAGGGCGGGCUGCUGGGCUCCGCGCUCUUCAUCUGCUCCCUCACCGCCUUCAACAACCUGGAGAACCUCGUCUUUGGUAAAGGCUUCCAGGCCAAGAUAUUCCCCGAGA